UUAUAAGCAAAAGUAAGUAAUUUCAUAAUUAUUGAAUAAACCAUCAAAUUGCUUAUGUCUUUGUAAUUUAUUUUCAAAUUAGUCAUCUGAAUCUGCAAUUUCACCUUCACCAAUAAAAUCAAUUAAAUUUCAACUUCAAUUUCAAAGAAGAAGAAGAAACAAGCACAUUGAAGAAGCUUUCAUGGCCACAAACACAAGAGAAACGACUCAUCAAAAGAAAAAGCACUUCUCAACAUUAUUCCCACUUCUCUCCCUUCUCACAUUCACUUCAAUCUUCUUCCUCCUCUCCCAAAUCCGCAACCCUUCUUCUUCUUCUUCCUCAUCCUCUUCCAUCAAAGCCUUCUCUUCAAUCCACAAUUUCCAAAUCAACAACAACAACCGUCAUGAUUCAUGUGAUUACUCUAAUGGAAAAUGGAUCUACGACGAAUCACGCGUUUCGCGAUACGAUGAAACGUGUAAAGAGAUUUUUAAAGGAUGGAAUUGUAUAAAGGGGAAUAAAUUGAAUGGGCGUGAAGUUGUGAAGUGGCGGUGGAAAGGUAAGGGAUGUGAUGGAGUUGAACAGUUUGAUGUUGUUAGGUUUUUGACCAGUCAUGCACAUUCCAGCAUUGGUUUUGUUGGGGACUCACUCAAUAGGAACAUGUUUGUGUCACUUUUCUGCACUCUAAGGAGCAGUAUCUCUGAUGGACAAGUUAAGAAGUGGAGACCUGCUGGUGCUGACCGUGGAUUUACCUUCCUCACAUACAAUCUUACUAUUGCUUAUCACCGUACUAAUCUUCUCGCACGUUAUGGUAGAUGGUCGGCUAGUGAGAACGGCGGUGCCUUAGAAUCACUUGGAUUCAAAGAGGGCUAUAGAGUUGACGUUGAUGUUCUGGAUAGUACAUGGGCACAAGCUGCAAGUUUCCACGAUAUUCUAAUUUUUAAUACUGGGCACUGGUGGUGGGCCCCUUCAAAAUUUGACCCUGUGAAGUCACCUAUGCUUUUCUUCAAGAAGGGUCAGCCAGUAAUCCCCCCAUUACGUCCAGAUCAAGGCCUUGAUAUGGUUUUAGAGCACAUGAUACCAUAUGUAGAGGAAAGAGCACGACCAGGUGCAAUCAAGUUUUUUCGUACUCAAUCACCCAGGCAUUUUGAGGGAGGGGACUGGGAUCAAGGUGGCUCAUGUCAAAGGGAUCGACCUUUAUCGGCACAACAGGUAGAAAAACUUUUCUCUGUGAAGAAUAAUGGGACCAACGUAGAGGUUCGAUUGGUCAAUGAACACCUCGAUAAGGCUCUUAAAGGAUCCGGUUUCGUUGUUUUGAACAUCACUUACUUGAGUGAGUUCAGGGCUGAUGCUCAUCCUGCUUCUGCCGGAGGAAAAAAACAUGAUGAUUGCAUGCACUGGUGCUUACCUGGAAUUACAGAUACAUGGAAUGACUUAUUUGUAGAGCAUCUAAAUAGUAUCAAACAUAGGAGUUGAUAAAGUGGUCACUUGUGCUAAAUAGAGAGAAAAAUGUACUGUCCAAGUGAAUCUUUUUCUGUAGAACUUCUUGUUUAAUUGGGUUUUGCAGAGGGUUUUGUUGGGUUAGGUGUAACAAAAAUAUAUAGGUAUAGUUUGUUUGUCUUGAAUUUACACAUUUAAUGGUACCUUUGUUCAAUUUAUGUCAAUUUUUUCAUGUGUCUUUGCCCCA